GGGUUUUUUUAAAUCUUCUUUUAGUAAUAAUCGUUCAGUGGCACGGACAGGUAUUGCGGAGCUCAUGUUUCAUUAAUACUGUCUUAAAAAAAAAAAAAAUACCGUUUCUUGCAUGUGUUAUACAGUUCGUCGUGUUACGUUCUACCAGCUUUAUCUCGGUUGACGAACGUCAAGUUGGAUUCAAUGCGGCGCUGCCUACGCAUUUAAAUGCGUUUGCUCUUGUGAAUAUUUUAAUUAACAGUUUUUCUUAAAUCAACAAUUUGUGAUCAGUAUAAACUGUAAUAUGUUUAUUUUCCAGUGCAUUGAGGAAAUUUGAGUUCAUUUAUGCGGGACACAAGUUAAGGUAGCACACAAAUGCACGUUUUUGUUAUCGUUAAUCGCAGUUGACUUCAGUAAUGCUUCCGUGCAGCGGCGUUUCGAGGAUCAAAUUGAAGAGGGAUUCGUUUAAGCUCGGUAACAAAUUAGAGCCGACCAAACGCAGAUGGACUGGACCUAAAACUGUGUCUGGUUUAAAUCCACUUGCCGAUCGUGGCAUACAGGUACAAGACCAAGCCAGUUCUCCAGCUCCGGAGGCAGCAGAUGUCGUUUCCCCAGAACGAAACGCCAACGAAAACUGCGCCACAGCCGACCGCGAACCACCGUCCCAAUUUGACGGGCAAGCGAGCUCCAAACAAGACGCUCAUGCGGAACAUGACGGCUGCAGAGGGGGUUAUAAUCAAGGUACUUUCCCAUCCACAGUCAGUGGCUUUAGUAACUGUCAACGGGGAGGAACUAAAGCUCAGAGUACCUGUACAAGGAGUCAGCCACCGUCCAAAAAGACGCCGAAACGGUUGUCCGAACAUAGAAAAGAGUUUUUCUACCGUUUGCGUUUAGCUUUGUGCUUAAAACGUCGAAAUGGCGGGAAGCGUGUGAUUCACGGGCCGACAGAAGUGCAGUGCCACGCUCUGUCGUUUAUAAACAGUAACGUGUCGGUUGAGUCAGAUAAUAUUUCUAUUAAAUCCACGGUCUGUGGAGAACCAGUGGAACAAACUCCACCUGCCCAACUAGGUCCAAAGUACGAUCAAAACACUGGCUGCCCAGAUUAUUUGGGGCAAGAAAAGCCUCGUGCUGGAAGGGGAAGACCGAUGAAACUGUUUAUUGAUCAUUUUGGUGGCCCUGAUGGACGGGUGAAAACUACCAUCAAGACGGACGCUCGGCGAGCCCGUGCAAGUAAACCCAGGCGCGCUAUUUCUGGACAAACACCAAAUAUCAGUUCAAAACUUGAGCUGAGACGACAGCUUAGGUCAGACACAAGGAAAAACCGCAAACGAUUGGUGAAAAAUUCAUGCUGUGCUUUGUGUGGUGAUGUAAAAUACACUCCUCCCCCUAGUAAGAAUCUGGCCCCUUUACUCAGUCACAGAUCUAGAGCUGACCGCCCCAGCCAGACUGUGUGCCAGAAAGAUGCUGGUCAUAUCUCAGAGUCCCCGACCGCAAUGAAUUUCCGCUUCGAGAAAUACCCCAUGGUGAAUCUGUGCGAUGUAGCCAGAGUGUUUGACAUAGCCUCUCGUGAUUUCUCAUGUGUCUUACCAGCCGUACUAAGACAAAAGAGGAAGUGCAAAAGAGUACAGUGCUUAAGGAAAAAAUUUGAUUUUCUUGUGCAUCCUCAUCUCCACGGCAUCAAGGAGUGUAGAAGUAAGAUUGCCAACCAGUCCUGGGAAGUUUCCACACCAACCCAUAGCUGUGCUUCUUUUUCAUCAGGUGAUCCACCAUCUGGAGCUACGGGCAGCACGUAUGUUUCAGACACAGCUGAGACUCCUGAUGGAUCUGCCAAGGAAUGGGAUGCUUGUCUUGCAAGGAAUCUAGACUGCGAGAGUAUGAGACAGACCGACGUCGAAGGGACUGACUCGGUACUCCCAGGGUGUGAUGACAAUGGUCCUGUUUUGCAUUUCUGUGAGAAAGACCAGGCCUGUCCAAUGAAAAACAUCUCUGAAAGUCCUACCAGCCAGGCGCGUCGUGUACCACCUCUAAUACUCAGACGGGUUGCUGUCAAUGGUUUUGGUUUCAGAGGUGGUGAUGAUGAUGGGGAGAACAGUUGUCAUUCACUGGAUGAAGAGAAAGAGGAAGACAGUAGUAAUGAGGAUUCUGACAGUGAAGUGAACUCGCCUGAGAGUUUCUCCUGCCAGCGAGUGCAAGCCUACAUAUUUUUCCCUCAAUCAUCAUGCGCUCGCACAUACAAGACCUGGCCCUUCCCUAGAACGGGCCCUCCUAACGACCCCAGGUCACCGCUGCGCACUGGACCCCGCUGGAUUGUAACCACUUCAUUUCCUGCUAUAGUUCAAACUCCUCUCAGUGGAGCACCUGAAUGCUUAUCAGAUAAAGACAUUCAAAACGAAAUGUCCAAACCCACAAAGCAAAGCAAAAGUAGUCAUGAAACAAGAGAGGUACUGGAGGGGCAACCACUUUGUUCAUUUGUGCCAGGUGAGAACACAUUAGCAGUGUUGGAAAGGACUCAGAAAGGUCGAGCACAAAGUCUUAAUCCAAGUCAUACAAUGACACAGGAUAGUUUUAUUUCGAGACUUGCAGACCACAACAGUUACAGUUUAGAAAGUAGAGACAUACUGGAGCAGCAUCCUUCUGCUUUUGGUGAAAAACCGCCCACUUGCACACCUGAAAGGACUCCAAGGGGACUAGUGCACAGUCCAAAAGUCAUAUUGACUCAUGUUUCCAAACCUGCAGAGCCUGAGUCAAACCAAAGUCUGAAGAAAGCUUUGGAGGAUGUUCUUGAGUCCUCUGUACCUGCAGUGACUGAACAGGUUAACAUCUGGAAAUUUAAUGGUCUUGGCUAUGCAACAUCAUUAGAGGAGUGCAGUCUUUUAAAAAAUCAUUGCCUGCUCAAGAAGUCCGAUCAGAAAGCGCUCUCAAGUGGGUCCGAAAUUCAGGCUGAGUUCAUAAGGGAUGAAGAUCAAAAAUUGUCCAAAGAUGUAUCGGAUCUUGAGAUCAGUACCCAUCCUGUUAGCCAAACCUCAAGAGCUCAGUCAGUUGAGGAUCAAGAGUGGAACGAAAAUAGUGACGGACAAACUCUCUAUAACCCUGGGUUGCUUUCGGAAAUAUGUCUUAAAGUAGAAAUGCUAAAAGCACAGCAUCCUCCUUUAGUGACGACAACAUCCGCAAUGGACCAGGAUGCUGAUGCCACACUGCAUACAGCCGGCAGCAAUCCUGACUUUUCAGGAGAAGAGAAGCAAAAGCAAGAAUUCGACAGCUGUACAGUUACAGACUCCUCUUCUGAAGAUGAAAACGAACAUGUCACUAGUCUGUCAUCAGAUGACUCUGUGGAGCAUGAUGCUGCUGUGAGCUCACAGUCUAAUAGCGAUGGGACAAGUCCGAUGAAUGAUGAAGAACAAGGCCCCACCCCUCCACAAUUUCCAGCGGUUGCCGACAGCUUCCUGGAUGUUUCUCGAGCAUAUGAAGAAGACGUCCUUGUACUGGACGUCAUACAAGAUGAUCCAGAGUUAUUUGGGGCUGUUGUCACUGAAACUGUGAGUAAACAGGACACAUCAGCAGAGGAGAAUGGAAAGUCACCGCCGAAGACAGAGAAACUACAAACAGGGAACCAUUGCAAGAUUGUCUGGGACCUAAAUGUAGAUGGCUCCAGUGAAUCUUGCCCAACUGCUGCAGACGUCAAGACUGAUAGUGUGAAAGAUGGCGGUUCUCUGACAGUUAAGGAGACAGACAAUUACAGAGCUCAGCCUGACCAGGGAAUGAGUAUUUCAAAUUCAGAGAAUGCCACAGACUGCAAUAACAACCAAGAGAUGAGACAAACAAAUGGUAUUACUGUAACAAACACAAGAGAAUCAAGACUUGUGAUGGACACAUGCAGUAACGGGUAUGAAGUGACUCCAAAAGAGACUUCCACUUUGAGAACUUUAAACAGUAAUUAUUGUUGGUUCUACUUUAGUGAAUAUAACUCCUGCAUGCGAAGUGUCUGUUGGUUCCCGCACAUACCAAGAGAUGGAGAUGAAAAGUUCUGCAUGGAUACAGUGAAGAAGUUCUGUCAUACUGGGAAACAUGCUCUUAUUCUACGAGCAGUGGAGGUGUUUAUGGGAUAUUACAGCAGUUGUUCUCCCAGCGUGAGUUUCAGCGAGGAGAUUGUCAAUUCUCUGCUGUCGUCUCUCCUUAAUUUUUGUUUGCUGAGAGAAUUUGAGGCAGUCAUUAACUUGCUUCUCAAACACAAGAGGCUGCCUCCACCUGAGAUUAUGUUAGCCGUUUUUAAACUUGUGAUGGAAAGAGGGCUGAUUAACGCUGUACCUGAGCUCAUUCACCUCACUUCAAAGAUUGUCGAGGCAGGAUGUGUAUUCAGUGUGGAUCAGUGUGAGGUCAUGCAGAAUCAUCUCCAAAUGAUGCAGGUUCCUAGACAGCAGAUGGACAUUUUCCUUGCUGUUAAAUGCAGAGCUCUGGUAACUAAUCCCCAUACCUCCGAGCUGUCAGAUCUGGCCCAGGCUGUUGUUAGAGUUGAGAUGCUGAAGCAUCAGGAAGACUGGGCUGGACUGGCUCUAGUAUUCUGCAAUGUUUGUGUUGGGUCACACAGUCAAAUGGAACUUCUCAGGUUUUGCUGCUGCGUUACCAUGGCACUGCUGAAGGAGCCCAAAGGCAAACUCACCCUACCGUAUGAGCUGUUUGCUGAAUCAGAUGGUGUGCAGAUAAACGACUAUGCUGAAACAUUCAAUGCUCAUCUGCGUCUGUGCUUGGUAAAGCAGACAUUACCAGUCGCUACAGAUAUCCUUGAGUUCAUGCUAAUACAUGGUAUGGUGCCUGAAACCCUCCAGCUACAGAACCUCAUCCAUAAACUGGGCAAACAGAACAACUGGAGCCGUGCCAGGGCCCUUUUUAAACGUGCUCAGUCAGCAGGGUUUUACGCUGCAGUGGUGUGUGAAAGAGACUCUCUGUUUCUGCCAUGUAAUCUCAGUGAAAUUGAGAUGACGAUGGCCUUCGAGAUGUUCAUCACCUUUAUUAAUACUAAACUACUGGCCCCUUCUGGAGCCUCCCAACCACUUCUCAUUACACUCAGACGGCAUGCCGAUAUUGAGGAUGUAACGGAGAGUGUGUACUUGGCGGCUGGUUGUCGGCUUCUCUCUGCGGCUCUCAUACCAAACCCCAAAUUGAGCAUCCGCUACACAGCUGUCAAUAAAAGCCAAGAACAAUUCUUUCACCUGGACCGUGCAUCUGCCCACAAAUGGUUUUUGCAGAACGAGCGGUGGGCACGAGAGAUUUGGGCAAGCUAGCAUACACACACACACACACACACAUGCUUGUGAACAGUCCCAAAAGUAACAAAUGUCUCAGUCUAAUCAAAGGUUAAUUUAUAUGUUACAGACUGUUGAAACUGGGACUUCUCAAAACUGUUUGCACAAUUUUUUGUGGUGUUUGUUUUAUAUAUUUCUUGGUUAAAACAUUAUUGAAGGACAAGACUGCUUAGUUUUGAGUUGUAAAAAGAAAGGUUUUGUAAUAUUUA